AUGGAACAGAACUUCUAUGAGCCUGAGGGACACUUCGACUCAGAUGCAGAUGUUUCGAUCAAGAAGUGGAAGUCAAUCUCAGCCCUAACUACAGACUCAGAGAAUGAUGAUGGUGGCUUUGACUGCAACAUAUGCUUAGAUUCAGCACAUGAACCUGUUGUGACUCUAUGCGGUCACCUGUACUGCUGGCCAUGCAUCUACAAGUGGCUUCAGGUUCCAACCACCUCUGAUAAACCAUCCCAUAUGAAGGGAACUUGUCCUGUCUGUAAGGCUAACAUCACCCAUGCUUUGUUGGUUCCCCUCUACGGCCGCGGAACAUCCCAUUCAGAUUCUGAAGGAAAGAAACCUCAGUUGGGGCAGGUCGUACCACGCAGACCAUCGCCUGAGUUGAACACUCUGAUGACUAAUAUUCUCUCUGCAUCGUUGCCGAGACGGCAACUCGAUCCAAAUUAUUUAGAGAGGCAUUCACAGCCUGUUCACGAUCAAUAUUACCCUUCACAGGGAGGUUAUGCCGCGAACUCAGAAUCAUCUGAUCUUGAGCCUUCACAUGGAGGUUUUGCUGCAAACUCAGAAUCAUCUUAUCUUGGGGCUGCAACGAUGACAACUUUAUCCCAUCCAACAAUUGGAAUGGUUGGAGAGUUUGUAUUUGCAAGGAUGUUUGGAAGCUCGGACACAAAUAUAUUUAGUUACCCUCAUAUGAAUUCUUACCCCCCAAGCAGUCCUAGGAUGAGAAGGCAGGAAGUGCAGCUUGACAAAUCUCUCAACAGAUUGUAA